AAUAUGUGUGCAUCUCGGCUGUUUUUGCUGCUUGGCUUGCUUCUAUGUGUUGGAGCUCAGCUAUCCAACGCCCAGCACUGGUCCCAUGGUUGGUACCCUGGAGGCAAGAGGGAGCUGGACUCUUUCAGCACAACAGAGAUUUCAGAGGAGAUUAAACUGUGUGAGGCUGGAGAAUGCAGCUACUUAAGACCCCAGAGGAGGAGUAUUCUCAAAAACAUUCUUCUGGAUGCCUUAGCCAGAGAGCUUCAGAAGAGGAAGUGA